AUAGUGUGUUAAGCAUCGAUUGACGUUUGGUGGACGAAAAAUAACAUUAAACGUGCUGGCCGCCAUUGCUCUUGUUAUGAUUUCAGGACGAGAUUAUAGGUGGCAGCACUAACAAAAUCGUUAUCGGCGGGAUACGAAAACGAGGCUACUGACGGAUACGCCAUUUUGUUUUUAUUUGAGAUUUAUAACGUCGAGAAAAAUAAUACAAUUUUAGUUAGAAGACUGAAGUUACGAGUCUCCAUUUGUGAUCUUCGCGUGAACGUUAAGAUGUCGAUUUCGGGAGCAAAUACGAUUCCGUUGCGGAAGUUGAAUCCGAUUCUGACGGGUGAAAGAACGUUUAGCGGACCGUCACUUUUACGGCCCAGCAUGUCCGCUUCUCGACCCACUGCUAUGCAAGCUAUGCAAAUGGUGGGACCGCGACCGAACGCGAUGCAAAUGGUGGGACCGCGACCGAACGCGAUGCAAAUGGUUGGACCGCGACCGAACGCGAUGCAAAUGGUGGGACCGCGACCGAACGCGAUGCAAAUGUUGGGACCGCGACCGAACGCGAUGAUGGUCGGACCGCGUCCCAACAUGGUGCAGCCACAGCAGAUGUUGAUGGCUCCGCAGCUUCCACCGAUGCCGGUCAUGGCGCAGAAGCACGAUGUCCAAGAGACGUUGAAUGCGAUUCAACACCAUGGUACCCCGCUGCAGAGGAAACGUGAGGUCGAAGACCCAUCGUCCGACCGAAAGAAGAAGCGAAGAAGCCGUUGGGGUGGAGACGACAAGGAUAAGGCAUUUAUACCAGGCAUGCCUACCAUCCUGCCGCCCGACAUUAAACCAGAACAGGAAAAAGCAUAUCUAUUGCAACUACAGAUCGAAGAGAUCACGCGUCGACUGCGAUCAGGAGACCUGGGCAUCAGUCCCAACCCGGAAGACAGGUUUGGAAAACAGCGCUGGCUUGUGCUGCAUCACGGAGCAUGUUCCCACGACUUGAAAAAUAAGGCUCCCGCUGACAAAAAAAAGAAUGUUCCCCCCUGGUGCGCCGCGCGGCUGUUCCGGCGCGAGCGCGAGCGCAAAGCCCUGCGCGUGCGUCGUCUUCUCACCGUCGCCUCCUCUCCCACGUCCAUCGCAGGUCGCCUCGCCGGAGCCAUCUACAACAAUGAGGGCAAGCGACUAAACACGCGGAGUAUCGCACCGCGCAAGAAGCGGAGCAGAGAGCGACACACUCUUCUGAUUCUGGACGAUUCGCGCCUCUACAACCCAGGCAAGCCGCCGUCCGACUACAAGCCACCGAUCAUCCGAGUGAACGACAAGGUUAUGAUCCCGCAGGAGGAGCAUCCGGAGAUCAACUUUGUCGGUCUGCUCAUCGGCCCGCGUGGAAACACUCUGAAGAACCUGGAGAAGGAUGUAAGUUCUCCCUGCGCGAUUCCAAUAAAGCACAGAGGCAGCAUCAAUAGUAGUAAGAUUGGUCGUAAGGACGGGCAGCCGCUGCCGGGAGAGGACGAGCCGCUACACGCCUACAUCACCGCCAAUAACCCCGAGAGCGUCAAUAAUGCGUCGCAGAAGAUAAAGGACAUCAUCAAGCAGGGCAUUGAGGUGCCGGAGGGGCAGAACGACCUGCGACGCAUGCAGCUGCGUGAGCUGGCGCUGCUCAACGGCACGCUGCGCGAGGCAGACGGCCCACGCUGCAGCAACUGUGGCGCGAACGCUCACCGCAGCUGGCAGUGCCCGGAGAAGGUCAACGUCACCAACAACGUCAUCUGCACAAACUGCGGCGGCGUCGGGCACAUCGCGAGCGACUGCCGCGAGAAACGGCCUGGUCUCGGUGGACCACCGCCUAGGUUCCCGCCGCCAGGUGGCGUCGGCGGCCCCCAGUUGGCGGCCGACAAGGCUAAGAUUGACGAAGAGUACAUGUCGUUGAUGGCCGAGCUCGGAGAGGGACCCCCGCCCCCCGCGCCAAAGCCUUCCCCCGCCCCCCACUACCGGCCGAACUACGGCUCGCCGUUCGGUGGGCGGGGUAUGUCCGACGGCGGCCCGCCGCGGCCGCUCAUGCCGCCGCCCUCCAGCGGGGGGAGCCACCCGCCACAGCUGGUGAGUUUGUGUCGGUGCGUCGGUCGAUGUGGCUCGCAGAAGGGCGGUUCAGAGAUGCCAACCACUACGAUUUAUCCGUAUUUUAUCAGGUAA